GGGGCGUCGGCAGCAGCAGCAGACAGCAGGCAGCAGCUGCGGCGACAGGAGCCCGGUGCCCUCACUCUGCAUUAAAAACACCCAUAUCCCGACUUUUAACUCUGAAACGUACGAGACAGCCACAAAAACUACUUCCAAAAUGGUAGACCGCGAGCAACUGGUGCAGAAAGCCCGGCUGGCCGAGCAGGCGGAGAGGUAUGAUGAUAUGGCAGCUGCCAUGAAAUCGGUCACGGAGCUGAACGAAGCACUGUCCAACGAGGAGAGGAACCUCCUCUCUGUGGCCUACAAAAAUGUGGUGGGGGCAAGGCGUUCGUCCUGGCGCGUCAUCUCCAGCAUCGAGCAGAAGACGUCCGCCGACGGCAACGAGAAGAAGAUCGAGAUGGUGCGGGCCUACCGGGAAAAGAUUGAGAAGGAGCUGGAGGCCGUCUGCCAGGACGUGCUCAACCUCCUCGACAACUUCCUGAUCAAGAACUGCAACGAAACGCAGCACGAGAGCAAGGUGUUCUACCUGAAGAUGAAGGGCGACUACUACCGUUACCUGGCCGAGGUGGCCACGGGGGAGAAGAGGGCCUCGGUGGUGGAGUCCUCCGAGAAGUCGUACAGCGAGGCCCACGAGAUCAGCAAAGAGCACAUGCAGCCCACCCACCCCAUCCGCCUGGGCCUGGCCCUCAACUACUCCGUCUUCUACUACGAGAUCCAGAACGCCCCCGAGCAGGCGUGCCACCUGGCAAAGACGGCCUUCGACGACGCCAUCGCCGAGCUGGACACCCUCAACGAGGACUCCUACAAAGACUCCACUCUCAUCAUGCAGCUGCUACGAGACAACUUGACGCUGUGGACGAGCGACCAGCAGGACGACGAGGGAGGAGAGGGCAACAACUAGAGAGUCCAAAACCUCAUUCUGCCAAAACAACACAACACGCGCGCUCACAAAUGACGACAAAAUAAUAAUAGUUAAAAUGUUCUUAAUUUAAAAAAAGAAAAAAAAAUGGGAGGGUGGGGUCGGGGCGGUGGAACAUCAGCGGCCGGUUUAGCCGAUGGUACCGACGUGGCUGCUGUUCUUUAUUUUUCCACAAAUUAAAAGUGAAAAAAAAAAAAACUUAAGACGAGGGGUAGACGAGGUUUAGUUUGAGAAAUAAGCUAUAGUUUAAAACAAAAAAAGAAGAAAAAAAAACACACUAAAGAACGGAAACCCCUCUCCUCGACAGCCUCUGCAGCAUUUGCCGAAACACGACUUUAGGAGCAAGAGGGACGUCGUUCAUCGCACCAUGAACGCCGGGGGGGGCAACAACACCUUCACGCUGCCAGAGACUGGUCCUACGGCGCAAAUGAAGCGGAGCUUGUCUCGACGUAUCGGGGGGGGAGCGUUCAGAAUUUCAGUUUCGAUGCCUGAGCAGCAAGAAAAUUAGCGCAACUUUGAAUGUCAUGGCCUUGCUUAGUGAGACAGACGGAGAGACAGACGGAGAGACCGCGAGGGCGAGCGAGGGAGCAGACGGGUCCCCGGAGAUGAAGACAGGCUUGUGGAGGUGUCGAACUUCAUCGCGUAACUUCAAACGUACCGACAUGUUUAGUUGCACCGCACCCAUGAUUGUUGAGUGAAAAAAAGCAGAUUGUCUCUGUGGUUGAAGAUAACUUGAAAAAAAAAAAAAAAAAGAAGAAGUUUUUGUUUGCUUUGUGUCAGGUACUGUAUGUGUCCAGCUCAGUCACAGUCUGUCAUACUGUAACUAAAAAUGCAAAUUCAUGAAGUAAACUUAGUGCAGCUUGUCCCUCUCAUGUGCUGAUGUGCUUUCUUAAAUAAAUUAACCGUUUUUGGACACCUAAA